UGAUGCUGACUGCACGAGUUUUAUUUUGAAAAUUAAAAUUCGGAAGUCGUGUUUUAUUUGUGUGUUUUUCUUCCUCUUGACUGGCAUGACACUGGUGAGGUGAACAGGCUAAAGUCCACGCUGAGGGAAUUUCGUAGAACUAGAGAAUGGAGAUAUCUAGGAGAAGAAUCCUUCAAAAGCACCUGGAGCCAGCGAGACCCCUGCGCCGCUGCAUCCCUGCCGACAUUGAUCCACCAGUAAAUCCUGCUGCACAUGUCCAGGUGCUGAUGGAUCAAGAGACAAAUAUUGGUGUAGAGCAGUUCUACAAGAUCAUCAACCUUCAUAAACAGAAAAAAGACAGGAUAUCUUACACAAGGGACUUCUUAAUUGGUCUGGCCAGUUGUCCAGAGGCCAGGAAGAAGCCAGAAUUCUUGCCAGAUCACCCAAUAGUGUUAAGUGAGGCAAGAGAUCCUGAGCAACUAAGGCUUUAUGAAAUGAGGAUGAGUGGCAAGAAAGAUGAAAUGGCGGCUGAAGGGCUUCACUCAUCUUGAGAAAUUUGUCUUGCUUGUGCAGUGUUUGUGUUUGCUGUUCUUCCUUUCAGUUUAAUUUAACUUUUUAUUUCCUAUUUAUUAUUUUGCAGGAGGUUGACUAGAAUUUCGGUUUUUGAUAACCCCCUGAGAGUGCUGUAGUGUAUUUAUACUGUGUGAACACCUUUUUGAAACAGAAAAAAACUGAAUGGCUACUUUUCAGAUGUUUCAAUAAAAGUCCUGAACUGAAGUGAUGGCGGGAAUUAUGUUUACACUGAAUUAGUAGUUCUCUGGAGUUAAGAUUAGCAUUUGUUUACAAUUUGCUUUUGAUUUUCUGUCCUACACCUCUGCUAUUAUCAACCUGCUUCGGCAGCAGUUUCCAUCCCAAAUGACACACCUGUGUAUUGUACAGCUGGUGAGCAUGUCCGAGCAUUAAACAGCUUAAGAAACUGGCAUAAACCGGAGUGACUCUUGCAUCAGUCGAGCAGAUAUUAACAGGAAGACCAAUGAUAUUUUAUUUUAUCUGUUUGUUAUGUGUGCUACAUUCAUAGAAUGGUUGUUUGACAACACAUUUGCUGUUUGAAAAAAAAAGAUUAAUGGUCAACAUGAAACCGUGCAUUCUUAAAUCUACAGGAAGCGAAAAGCACACAUGAAAGAUUUUGUUGAGCACAUUUUAUAAAAUGUAAGGAUUUUUCUACACUAUUUCAACAUAAACCACCAAGGCCAGCUAUAUGUUGUUGGGUUUUUUUUUUAUUCCUGCACUUAAUGAAUCAUUUUCUUGUACAACCUUCGUCAUUUUGACCAAACUGACUCACAAUAUAAACUCUGGGAAAAGUACUGCUUUUCACAACAUCUGUGGAAAUCCUUUAAUAGCGCCGCUGUUACUGAACAUCUGCUGCACUUUAUCGACCUCUGUACGUGACCGGAGGCCGGUAGCCACCAUCCAGUGAGUGGGUGACGAGACUCAUUACUACCCCUGUGACUCAUCUGACGUCACGGUAUUGUGGGCCGGCUCUCGGCGUUACGGAAGAUUUUCAUACUGAAAUUUAACGGAGGAAGAGAGGAGCAAAAGAGUAACCUCUCAAAGAGCAAAACAUCUGUAUCUUCUUUUUAUUUUUAUUUUUUUUGUUUUGUUUCUUGGUUUCGUGAGUCCCGUUGGCUGAUCUUUCAGGAAAAAUGGACUCCAAGGACGAAGGAAGCGCUCCGUGCAGCAGCCCUGUUUAUGUGCACAACCCACACCUGGAUGCACUGAAAGAAGACAUCCUCUACCACUUCAGUCUAGGAACUGAAACUCAUAACCUACAAGAUAUGUUUGGUGAUGUCAAAUUUGUUUGUGUGGGUGGGAGUCCCUGGAGAAUGAAAGCAUUCACUGAGUACAUCGCAGCUGAACUCGGUAUGGAAGACCCCGAAUCUGAGUAUCCAAAUAUCUGUGCUGGGACGGAUCGUUACGCCAUGUACAAAGUUGGCCCUGUCCUCUCUGUCAGUCAUGGAAUGGGCAUCCCAUCUAUUGCCAUAAUGUUGCAUGAGCUAUUAAAGCUCCUCUAUCAUGCAAAGUGCACAGAUGUUACAAUUAUACGCAUUGGGACAUCAGGUGGAGUAGGACUUGAGCCUGGCACUGUUGUUGUCACCAAGCAGUCUGUGGAUCCCACCUUUCAGCCCAGGUUUGAGCAGGUGAUCCUUGGGAAGACCGUGGUGCGCAACACUGAUCUGGACCAAAGCCUGGCUGAGGACCUGCUGCAGUGCAGCAAGGAGCUAAACCAGUUUAAGACAGUUGUAGGCAACACCAUGUGCACGCUGGAUUUCUAUGAAGGGCAAGCCCGUUUGGACGGCGCUUUCUGCUCCUACACUGAGAAGGACAAGCAAGAGUACCUCACCAAAGCUCAGGAAGCAGGAGUUUGUAAUAUAGAGAUGGAGUCAUCAGUGUUUGCUGCUAUGUGCAAACUGAGUGGAGUACGAGCGGCUGUGGUUUGCGUCACGCUCCUGGAUCGGCUGAAGGGAGAUCAGCUGGGCAGCUCUCACGAAGUUCUUCACAGUUACCAGCAGCGUCCUCAGAUACUGGUCGGCUACUACAUUAAGAAGCAGUUGAAUGCCAAAGCAGCGAAAGAUAGCUAAAUAAAUGCAAGCAUACAGUAAAUUCUUAUUAUCUUUUGUCUGGAAGCCAUACCUUUACAUGUCUCCAAAAGACUUAAAUGAUGCCUUCUAUUUAUCCUUUGACACUGAUUUACUAGAUACACUGCUAUAAAAACAUGCACCGCUAUACUGUUGUUUUAUUUUGUAUUUCUCUUAAGUACACUUGAAUUGAGAAUUAUUGAUGUAGCACCCUUGUAUUUAAAGUGAGUUAAAUUCAUUAAAUAUGUGUAUUAGUUAAGGUCGUAUUUCUUCUGCUUGACAUGUAAAGUUUCAGAUCCGUAAAACUUGAACCUGUAAAUCUAAACUCACAGUGGUGCCAUAACAAAAUCACCUUUUUACACCUAUUAUAAAAAAUAAUUAUUUUAAAAUAUUUUAUAGGUUUAAAUUUGUUGUUGAAAACUUAACUGUGUAUGUGGAGAUUUUUUUUAUUAGUAUUGUCAUCCAGAUUGUAUUCAGUGUCUUCGACCUUUGUAUAUGUGCUCAGCAUUUCUUUCACAAUAUAAGAGCUGCAACAACACGACACUCCGCUUGAGAAAGAUUUCUGCUUUGUGUCAUAAAUAAAGCAAGCUAGUAAAGCUUUGUGCAGUCUGAAAUUUCACAACAUAUUAAGAAAAUAAUUCUUUAUGUAAGAAGCACUGCGGCACAAAUGAAAUGUUAAGUUUGUUGUAUGAUCUGUCAGUAUUUGCAGCUCUUGAACAGCCUGGUGAAGUCAAGAUCAGCAUCCUGACCAAUAAACAAGCCAAAGAUAUUAAUAAA